CAAAUUCCGAAGCUUAAACACAGCCUCUUCAAUGGCUUCCACACUCUUCAUCUCUCUCACUCCUCUCUAUCUUGUCCGACAAUAGCUUCGUCUCCAUGGCCGUGAUGCUCCAGCUCAUAGCCAAAUCCUUGCUCUCUCAAUCCAAUUCAAUCACAAUCUUCUCACCUUCAGAUACUGCUUUCGCCCAAUCCGGUCAGCCUUCUCUCUCUCUCUUCUUCGAUUCCAUUUCUUGCCUCUCUACUUAUCUCCCGAAUGCCUCAAAUCGCUCGCGUUAAGCACCAAGAUUCCCACGAUGUUGGCCGAUUGAUCGCUCACGGUAACCUCUUCCCGAUAAUUUCAUGAAAUUUCUUUGAAUCGAGUCAUGAUCAGUAGCUCGCCGAUUUACGAUGACGGUUCGCUCGUUGUUUUUGGCACCGAGAAGUUUUUUGACCUGAAAUUCCAAGUGUUUCCGGUUAUUCGGAAUCUGAGUGCGGGAUUCCGGUGUGGUCCAAUGACGGAGAAGAAUUCAUUCGGUGAAGCAAUAGAAACCCUAAGAUCUAAUGGAUAUUCUUCAAUGGCGUUGUUUCUUGAAUCUCAGAUUUUAAGGUUUAGUAAUGGUCAGUCCAUGAUGACAGUCUUUGCUCCUUCAGAUGAUACAUUGGCCGCUCGCAUUGAUGACUUUACCGAUUAUCCUUCUCUGUAUUGUAGAAUCUUAUGGAAUGAUCUUGUGGAUCUUGAGAAAGGCACGAAGUUAUCUACAUAUUCAAAGGGAUCUGCAAUUUCCGUUGCGAAAUCAAACGGCAUAUUGAUGAUCAAUGGAGUUGCAGUCAUCUAUCCCAACAUGUAUGUGAACGAUUGGCUGGUUGCUCAUGACCUCCUCGAUGUUACUUCUGUGGCAGAGAGACUCUCAGCAAAGGAAUCAGGCUCAGAAAUGAGAAACAUCACUCAUGGUAAGGCACUGGAUCAUUGGUAAGUUCUGAAGCCAUGAAAAUCUUUUGCUCCCAUUUCACAACAUAUACAUUCACCAUUUGUAAAUUUCUAGAGCUUUUCCUGCCUUCUUAUGCAUCUGUGAUGAAGAAAUCUUUACCAGAAAGCUGUAAUAUAGAAGUUGUCAAUUUUCCUACGAGUUUCAGCUCGUUUCUGUAGUUGUUUCAAGGAUUGGCAUCACUGUAAUUUCGAGUGUGCCAAUGAAACAAUCAUUGGGAUGUAUGAUGAUGAGUUAAAGAAAGAGC